AUGGCCGUGGGAACUGUCUUGAUCACUGGUGGCACGGGCUACAUCGGCUCGUUCACCUCGCUGGCCCUCCUCCAAAAUGGCUACGAGGUCGUCAUUGUCGACAGCCUUUACAACUCUUCCGAGGUCGCUCUCGACCGCAUCGAGCUCAUCUGCGGCAAGCGACCAACCUUCCACAAGGCCGACCUCACCAACGAGGCCGAGCUCGACAAGAUCUUCGCUGCCCAUCCCACCAUUGACAGCGUCAUCCAUUUCGCCGCUCUCAAGGCUGUUGGUGAAUCCUCUGAGAUUCCCCUCGAAUAUUACCGCGUGAACGUCGGCGGUACCGUCUCUCUGCUGAGCUCCAUGAAGAAGAACGAUGUCAGCAACAUCGUCUUCUCUUCGUCGGCUACCGUCUACGGCGAUGCCACGCGCUUCGAGAACAUGAUCCCGAUUCCCGAACACUGCCCGAUUGGCCCCACAAACCCCUAUGGACAGACAAAGGCCAUGGUUGAGAGAAUCAUCGAGGACUUCAUCACCGCGCAACGCCAGAACCUGAAGAAGGCUGGCAAGCCGUUUGAGCAGUGGAACGGCGCAAACCUACGGUACUUCAACCCGUGUGGCGCCCACCCCAGCGGCCUUAUGGGAGAGGAUCCCCAGGGCGUACCCUACAACCUGUUGCCGUUGCUCGGCAAAGUCGCAACUGGCGACAGGCCGAAGCUCAAGGUCUUUGGUGACGACUAUUCCUCGCGUGAUGGUACCGCCAUCCGUGACUACAUUCACGUCGUCGAUCUCGCCAGAGGCCAUCUGGUGGCCCUAAACUACCUCCGCGAGCACAAGCCCGGUGUCAAGGCGUGGAACCUGGGCUCCGGCCGAGGAAGUACAGUGUUUGAGAUAAUCAAGGCUUUCAGCAAGGUUGUCGGAAAAGACCUGCCCUACGACGUCGAGCCCCGAAGACAGGGUGAUGUGCUGGACCUGACAGCCAACCCGACGAGGGCGAACAAGGAGCUCAACUGGAAGACAGAGCUCACCAUGGAGAAGGCAUGUGAAGAUCUCUGGCGGUGGGUGUCAAACAACCCCAAGGGUUACCGACAAGAGCCGCCAGCAGAGCUUCUCGACGCCGUCAAGGCCAAGACUUCGUGA